AUGCCCAACAUCAUCGUCUGCCGUCACUUACACCCAAUGCCCAACAUCAUCGCCUGCCAUCACUUACACCCAAUGCCCAACAUCAUCGCCUGCCAUCACUUACACCCAAUGCACAACAUCAUCGUCUGCCGUCACUUACACCCAAUGCACAACAUCAUCGUCUGCCGUCACUUACACCCAAUGCACAACAUCAUCGUCUGCCGUCACUUACACCCAAUGCACAACAUCAUCGUCUGCCAUCACUUACACCCAAUGCACAACAUCAUCGUCUGCCGUCACUUACACCCAAUGCACAACAUCAUCGUCUGCCGUCACUUACACCCAAUGCACAACAUCAUCUCCUGCCAUCACUUACACCCAAUGCACAACAUCAUCGCCUGCCAUCACUUACACCCAAUGCACAACAUCAUCUCCUGCCAUCACUUACACCCAAUGCACAACAUCAUCGUCUGCAAUCACUUACACCCAAUGCACAACAUCAUCUCCUGCCAUCACUUACACCCAAUGCACAACAUCAUCUCCUGCCAUCACUUACACCCAAUGCACAACAUCAUCUCCUGCCAUCACUUACACCCAAUGCACAACAUCAUCGCCUGCCAUCACUUACACCCAAUGCACAACAUCAUCGCCUGCCAUCACUUACACCCAAUGCACAACAUCAUCGUCUGCAGUCACUUACACCCAAUACACAACAUCAUCGUCUGCCAUCACUUACACCCAAUGCACAACAUCAUCGCCUGCCAUCACUUACACCCAAUGCACAACAUCAUCCCCUGCCAUCACUUACACCCAAUGCACAACGUGAUAGCCUGCCAUCACUUACACCCAAUGCACAACAUCAUCGUCUGCCAUCACUUACACCCAAUGCACAACAUCAUCGCCUGCCAUCACUUACACCCAAUGCACAACAUCAUCGUCUGCCGUCACUUACACCCAAUGCACAACAUCAUCGUCUGCCAUCACUUACACCCAAUGCACAUUAUCAUCGCCUGCCAUCACUUACACCCAAUGCACAACAUCAUCGUCUGCCAUCACUUACACCCAAUGCACAACAUCAUCGCCUGCCAUCACUUACACCCAAUGCACAACAUCAUCGUCUGCCAUCACUUACACCCAAUGCACAACAUCAUCGUCUGCCAUCACUUACACCCAAUGCACAACAUCAUCGUCUGCCAUCACUUACACCCAAUGCACAACGUGAUAGCCUGCCAUCACUUACACCCAAUGCACAACGUGAUAGCCUGCCAUCACUUACACCCAAUGCACAACGUGAUAGCCUGCCGUCACUUACACCCAAUGCACAACAUCAUCGUCUGCCAUCACUUACACCCAAUGCACAACAUCAUCGUCUGCCAUCACUUACACCCAAUGCACAACGUGAUAGCCUGCCGUCACUUACACCCAAUGCACAACGUGAUAGCUUGCCAUCACUUACACCCAAUGCACAACAUCAUCGUCUGCCAUCACUUACACCCAAUGCACAACAUCAUCGUCUGCCAUCACUUACACCCAAUGCACAACGUGAUAGCCUGCCGUCACUUACACCCAAUGCACAACGUGAUAGCCUGCCAUCACUUACACCCAAUGCACAACGUGAUAGCCUGCCGUCACUUACACCCAAUGCACAACAUCAUCGUCUGCCAUCACUUACACCCAAUGCACAACGUGAUAGCCUGCCGUCACUUACACCCAAUGCACAACGUGAUAGCCUGCCAUCACUUACACCCAAUGCACAACAUCAUCGUCUGCCAUCACUUACACCCAAUGCACAACAUCAUCGCCUGCCAUCACUUACACCCAAUGCACAACAUCAUCGCCUGCCGUCACUUACACCCAAUGCACAACAUCAUCGUCUGCCAUCACUUACACCCAAUGCACAACAUCAUCGUCUGCCGUCACUUACACCCAAUGCACAACAUCAUCGUCUGCCAUCACUUACACCCAAUGCACAACAUCUUCGUCUGCCAUCACUUACACCCAAUGCACAACAUCAUCGUCUGCCAUCACUUACACCCAAUGCACAACGUGAUAGCCUGCCAUCACACCCAAAGUGGGAGGUCCUUCUUGUCGGCUGUCUGA